AUGAGGAAACGUUUAUCGCCAUCAAUAGCGAGCACCGAUGUUGAACUACGACCGCUUUCAUUUUUACAUCGUUUCCUCGCUUACGGAAUGCAUGGUUUUUUUGACGAGAUCGUCUUCACAGCUUUGUAUCAAUUGGUAAUCGAAAGCUUCGAUCCCCGUUUCAUCGGCUACACUUCGCUAUUUUCCUUCAUCAUUUACGGAACCGGGAGUUCAAUAAUCGAGAGUCUAUUUCUACGGUUACAAGCACGCCAUGUUCCGUGCGUUAUACGUAUUUUUCUGUACGUGCUGGUUGCAUUUAUAAUAGAGUUCAGUUUUGGUUUGAUAUUAAGGCAAUUUGACGCUUGUUCGUGGGAUUACAGUGAUCGACCACUCAACUUCAUGGGACUUAUAACGCUAACGUAUGCUCCAGGAUGGGCACUUCUCGGCUACUGGCAAGAGAUAUUUUCAUCGUUUUUAUUGAGUCUAAGACGACCAAUGAAAUCAAAGCCGAGUUGA